UUUAGGCUGACAGAGAAGAUUUCAGAAUUAGAGACACGCAUCCAAACUUUAAUUGAGGACAGUAAGAAAGUUAGGGCUCUAGAUACGGCUUUGGGUGUGUCUAGCUCAGGGAUUCCUGUACAUUGUUCGGUUCCGGAAACAGAGCCCCUGCAGCAGGGAAACUGGGUGACGGUGAGGCAGCGUAGUCGUGGGUCAAAACACCGCUCUUCUGUUCCGAUCAAAACAUUAAACAGGUUCUCCCCACUCAGUGAUUCACCCACUGAGAAACCUGAUGAAAGUGCUCUAGUUAUUGGUGAUUCCAUUGUACGGAACGUGAAUAUAGAGACACCAGCCACCAUAGUCAAAUGUUUACCGGGAGCCAGAGCGCCUGACAUCUUGGCAAAUUUAAAAGUGCUGGCUAAUGCUAAACGUAAAUACAGUAAGAUUGUUAUUCAUGCCGGCGCUAAUGAUGUUCGACUUCGCCAGUCGGAGAUCACUAAAAAUAACUUUAAAGAGGUGUGUGAACUUGCAAGCACGAUGUCAGACACUGUAAUAUGCUCUGGUCCCCUCCCUGCUUACCGUGGUGAUGAGAUGCAUAGCAGAUUGUCAUCACUCAAUGGCUGGAUGUCUAAGUGGUGCCCACAGAAUAACAUAGGUUUCAUAGACAAUUGGACGAGCUUUUGGGGCAGACCUGACCUGUUGAAAAGAGAUGGUCUUCAUCCCUCCUGGGGUGGCGCCACUCUUCUCUCUAGAAAUAUGGCAAAUAGUCUUAGUGUUUAUACUUGACUAACUGGGGCCCAGGUCAGGAAGCAGACAGACUGGCUAAACCAACCGUCUGCUAGCUGCCUCCCGUCACAGAGGUCAGUUAAUUCUCAGCACAUAGAGACUCUUUCACCUAGAUAUCACACUAUAGAGACUGUGUCUGUUCCCCGAACUAGAAAAUACAAAAAACGUUCAAACCA